AGUGACUGAGAAGUGUUAGACAAAAUUUCACCAACAUUUCUUCUUCUCAUAUCACAGUUUCUCCCUUAUUUCUUCUUAACUACACACUGCCCUGUUUCUUUUUCUUUUCCUCAUUUUGAAUAGUUCUCAAACUUUUUUUUUGUUUUCCUUUCCCCCUGAACCUAUUUCCUCUAUUAGCAUAAAUCUUGGGAUCCGAAUCGUAGAAAGCAAUCAGAAUAAUAAUAGACUUUGUACGAUAUAUUCUUGUGCCUAAGCUAAACAAUGGCAGGUAGUGCGUCCGUGGAGGAAUACUACAACCUCCGCUCGGAGAGAGUGACUCAGCAUCUUGUCCCUAACUCGGAGUCUAACUCAGUGAGUCAUAAAAGCAAAGCAGAGCAAAGCGAGAAGAAGACGAAACGUGAGAGAGACUCCGGUAAACACCCGGUUUAUCGUGGAGUGAGGAUGAGGAACUGGGGGAAAUGGGUGUCGGAGAUUCGUGAGCCGAGGAAGAAGUCACGUAUUUGGCUCGGAACUUUCCCGACGCCGGAGAUGGCCGCGCGUGCACACGACGUAGCGGCUCUGAGCAUUAAAGGAACCUCAGCUAUACUUAACUUCCCUGAACUCGCUGACUCAUUCCCUCGACCCGUCUCGCUAAGUCCUCGAGACAUUCAAACAGCAGCUCUCAAAGCAGCUCACAUGGAACCAAUGACGUCGUUUUCAUCUUCCACGUCUUCGUCUUCGUCUUUGUCUUCCACGUCUUCACUUGAGUCCCUUGUGUUGGUGAUGGACCUCUCGAGGACUGAGUCGGAGGAGCUAGGUGAGAUCGUGGAGCUGCCAAGUCUUGGAGCGAGUUACGACGUUGAUUCGGCUAAUCUUGGGAACGAGUUCGUGUUCUCUGACUCAAUGGACUACUGUUUAUAUCCGCCGCCGUGGGGACAGUCGUCGGAUGAUAACUACGGUUACGGAGUCAUCCCUAAUUUUAGCCAUGGCUUGUCAUGGGAUCUUUAACAGUUUAUUUUAUAUAAUUACCAUAAUUAAUGUUUUGUUUAAUCACGUUUUUUAAAACCCUUUUUGUUUUGUCCUUGAGUUUUGUGGUGUUAGCUAAGAAAGGGUUUUUUUUUUCUUCUUUUUCUUCGGGUGCGUGUGUGAGCUCCAUAAUGAUACGUGUACAAAACUCUAUUUGUGUUCUUUUAUAUAUAAAUAUCGGUUUUGUUUGUCGGAAAA